AUGGCUUCUUCUUCUUCGGCGACGGGACGGGGACCCAACGACAACGGGGAGGGGGAUAUGGGGAUGGCCAUGUACGACCUGUCAGAAAUGCACUGGCAGAUGGGGCAGGAGGAGACGGAGACGACGAUCGCCGUCUUCCGUUACCUCUGGAUCCUCUACGACCCAGUGAUCGUUACCCGCAUGGUCGAUGGCCACCAGGUCGAGUUUUACUGGUGGUCACUCGACCAAUCGAGGCACAUCAGGACGCUGCAGAGGCGUGCCCGCUCGGCGGCGGCCUUCAGCCUCUGUCGAGUGCAUUCAGAGGCGCGCAUCUACCACGAGGGGAAGCAGGUCAACGGGGUGAUGCUGAGGAAGGAUUGGGUCGGGGAUUGCUUGAGGAUCCACCCAUUGGACGCAGAGAGGCUGAGGGAUUGGAUGUUGCCAGCAUGGGACGACACCGCACUAUGCCCCCUUGGCCAUCUCUGCAAAGGCGCCUCCAUCGCACACAGCAUCCAUCAGACAUGGGAUGCUCCCAUCUUUCCGCCACCGCCAAUCGGCCCAACCGCAACCGCCGCAGCCACCGCCCCCUCCCCAGGCGACUACUCCCAGCCAUGGUUGUCCUUCCAGGACACGGUUGUUGAGGGAAUGCGUAACCCUUCGUCCGAGGUUAUCGAUGAGGCUGAGGACAUCUUCGAAAAUACGGAGCAGAUGAAGGAAUGGCGGAAGCAAAUGGCCGAAUACUAUAGCCGGAAGAGGACCAAGGAUGCUGAAGCCGAUGAAUAA